CCCUUCCCAGGCAAUCUAUACACUGAGACACCCCUGGAUUGUGAGUCCCUGCCCGUGCACAGCCUCAAGGUGCCUGUGAUGGACGAGGGGGGCCGGGCCAGCUUCACGGCGGUGCAUGUGCCGGUGCGCGACAGGAACGAAAACCCACCAGUCUUUACGCUGCUGGAGUACCAGGCACUGACAUGGCUCCCAGGACGAUCACUCUCAAGGUUGAGGCCAGUGAAGGGGUCAACAGUGAAGUGAGGUACUGCAUGUAUGAAGCCAACAGUUCCGAGGCCCUGGAGCUCUUCCCGGUCAACCCAACCACCGGCGAGGUCACUGCGGCCCAGAGCAUCCACAGCCAAGAGAAUGAAAUGUACCAGUUCUUCAUCCGUGGUGAGGAUAGCGGCUCCCCACACCACCACGCAGAUGUGCUGGUUACCAUCUUCCUGCUGCCCCCGCACGAGGACCCCCGCACUGUGCCAGGAAGCAUGCACAGUUCUUCAUCAGGGAGGACGCCCCAAUCGGUGUGAUAAGCAUAGGCGCUGAGGUGGACUUUGGGCACGUGCAGCAGGUGGUAACGAUGGUCGUGGCCACAGACGGAGGGGUGCCGCCACUGUCCGCCACGGCCCUGGUCAAUUUAACGAUCACCGAUGUGAACGACAACUCCCAGGUCUUCACGCUGCCGUCCUGCACCGCCACGGUCAGGGAGGAUGCACUGCAGGGGGCCAGUGUGCUGCAGGUCUCGGCCAAUGACGUCGACUACAGCGUAAGCAGCUUAGUCCGCUACAGCAUCAGGGCGGGAAACGAUGACCACUGCUUAACCAUUGACGACCACACUGGAAUUAUCACCGUCGUCAAGAAACUGGAUAGGGAGAAGGUUGCACAGUACCAGUUGACGGUGGGUGGCAGGGAGUUGGGCAGCCCCAGCAACACUGCCAUCACCCAGGUCACUAUCCAGGUGGGCGACAUCAAUGACAACGCCCCCAAGUUCACGCAAGACAACUAUGCCGUGAUCGUUCAGAUUUGGAGGAAGAAGAGGAGGAGGAAGAGAUAACAAGAGGAACAGAAGAAGGAAGAAGGAGAAGAAGAAGUAAUCUCUCUCUCUCUCUCUCACAAACACACACACACACACACACAGUAAGUAAAACACACAAUUUCUUCUUAAUUUCAAAAACUUUAUUAAUAUAUAUUUUGACAACGUCCAAUCAGGUUCCACAGACUGGCUCCUCCCCGAACCCUUCUGUGGGGGCAUAAUUUGAGCCCCAUAGAAGGCCGGGGGAAGAUCUCGCCUAUGGAACCUUAUACACAGACAUACAUAUAUACACACAGAGAGUACCUCCACACACACUUUCCUUCCUCCUCCUCCUCCUCUUCCUCCUCUUGAUGUGGCAGUGUCAGGAGAGGAGAUCACCUGGGAGAUUGAACAAGUCCUGGAGAUAUUGAAGAAUAU